AUGGCAGCCAACGACGUGCCAUGCUGCGAGUCAAUGUUCUGGGUUUAUCUGGUCGUGUGCGUGGUCCUUGUCUCCUUCGCCGGCCUCAUGUCUGGCCUUACCUUGGGGCUCAUGUCCCUCAGUCUUGUUGAUCUUGAAGUUGUCAUCAAGGCUGGCCAACCUCAAGAUAGGAGGAAUGCAGAGAAAAUCCUACCAAUAGUUAAGAAUCAGCACCUACUCUUAUGCACCCUCCUUAUAGGCAAUGCCCUUGCAAUGGAGGCUCUUCCGAUCUUCCUGGAUUCCCUUCUAUCCGAGUGGUGCGCAAUAUUAAUAUCAGUUACUCUUAUAUUGGCAUUUGGUGAGAUCAUUCCUCAAGCUGUAUGUUCUCGGUAUGGACUGAGUGUUGGAGCAAAACUCUCCGUUUUAGUCCGGUUCAUCGUGAUAAUCCUCUUCCCGGUAGCUUAUCCGAUCAGUAAGCUCCUGGAUUUGCUGCUGGGGAAAAGACAUUCUGCUCUUCUUCGACGAGCUGAGCUCAAAACACUGGUUGACAUGCUUGGAAAUGAGGCAGGGAAAGGUGGAGAACUAACCCAUGAUGAAACAACCAUCAUCUCUGGAGCACUGGACAUGACACAGAAAACUGCUAAAGAUGCCAUGACACACCUGUGUGACAUUUUUUCACUCGACAUAGACUCUAAACUCGACGAGAAAACAAUGGGGCUGAUCAUGAGAAAAGGCCACAGCCGUGUACCCAUCUAUUCAGGGGGACCGGCAAACAUCAUCGGGCUAAUACUGGUGAAAAAUCUGAUCAAGUGCCGACCCGAAGACGAAACCCCGAUAAGGAAUCUUACUAUUAGAAGCAUCCCCAGGGUUCAUGAUCGUUUACCUCUCUAUGAUGUAUUGAAUCUAUUCCAGGAGGGGCACAGCCACAUGGCUGUUGUUGUUAAGAGCAAGAAUGAUAUAAAAGAGACCGCUGAAACCAAACUUCACUCCAAUUCUAAAAGGACCAAGUCAAAGGCGAAAGGUACUAAUCAGCGUCGUGAAUAUGAUCGACAUGAGCAACUUGGCAUGGCUUCAAGCUCAGUUUCCCCAAAUUCUGCCAUAAUUGAUAUCCAAAGUCCCACAUCGAACAAGGAGGUUGGGAGCAAAAUACAUCCACGAAUGAGGAAAUGGGAACAAACCACUCUCUCCAAUGAAGAUUUGGAAUCAUUUUCAGCCUCAGAUGAGGAGGUUCUUGGUAUCAUUACACUGGAGGAUGUCAUGGAAGAACUUUUGCAGGAGGAAAUAUUAGAUGAAACUGAUGAGUAUGUUGAUGUUUACAACAGAAUUACAAUCAACAUGCAACCUUCGCGAAGAUCGCCAUUAAGAGCAGCAACAGCGUCGUCCCAAUUUCACUGGAGAAGUCCGAUCUCUUCGACUCGGGGAAGUCCGGUUUCUUCGAAGCCUCAUUCUCCGAUAUUCCGAUCACCGAACUCGCCACGUGUUCAGUCGCCGCUGUCAAUGCCAGCUCUGUGCUCUUCCCCCGGAAAAUCGUACGAGAGGCUGAGGCAUGGUUCUUAGGUCUCAAUUCGAUUUCAAUCAUAACAAAAGAAACAUUUUGGGAACUAAUAGCACAUGGCUCCCUCUCUUGUGCUUUUCAGUAAUGAGUGCACCUUCGGCUUAAUGAAUCCAAUAAGUAGAAUAUUAAAAUUAUUCCAAGGCAAACAAAUAUGUUAGAUUUUAUUUUAGUUGGUAUGGUUGUUGCUCUAUUGAAGCUUGGUCUGAAAUAACAACCAUUAAUGAUCG